GAAUGGCAGCAAAGGCAACACCGACAUACACAUCUAUUGUGCUUACAAAGUACUCUGAAGUCGACGACAGUUCGUCGCUGGAAGUCCGACGCGAGACCGAGGCACUCGACGCUCCGGGAACGUCUCAGGUGCUUGUCCGGGUUCUUGCUGCUUCGGCCUCGUUCACCGAUGUCAUGAUCCGGCGCGGGCUGUACCCGGACUUACCGGGCAAGCCGCCGUUUGUCAUUGGCUAUGAUCUCGUGGGGGAGGUCUUGGCCCGUGGCGAUGGUGUUCGGGAGGAGCUGACUGUCGGGGCAAGGGUCUCUGCGCUGACGGUGGUCGGCGGGUGCGCGCAGUAUGCUCUCCUUGAUGCCGAGCAUCUGGUCGUGGUGCCGGACGGAGUCGAGACCAACGCCGCUGCCGGUGCCAUCCUUGGCUGGCUCACUGCAUACCAGAUGCUGACUCGAAGUGGAUUCGAGGCUGGUGAGGGCAAGACAGUUCUCGUCCACAGCGCAUCCGGGAGUGUUGGCUCGGCGUUGGUUGUCCUCGCCAAGUCGAUGGGAUGCACUGUCUUUGGCACGGCGUCUGCUAGCAAGCAUGGCUUCUGUAGCGAGCUCGGCAUCGAUGCUUGCUUUGACUAUACGGCCGACGACGUCGCUAGACGAGUGGCUGACCUGGGUGGCGUCGACGCCGUGUUUGACGGCGUCUCGCUGGCCUCGUUCAAGACCUCGUUCAAGAUGCUCAAGUCUGAUCCAGCAGGCGUCCUCAUUCCGUAUGGCUUCUACACAGCCUCGCGUGGCAAGUCCAAAGGCAAGCUUGCAGGCGAGUUCAUCAAGUUUAUGCUCUGGUCAAAGUUCAAGAACAAGUUCUCAUCCAAGACCAUCACGCCGCUGUUCAACGUCGUGACGUUGCGGUCAAAGGAGCCGGAAGCGUUUCGUGCCGACCUAACCCACAUUUUCUCCCUGAUAGCCAGUGGAGUUGUCACGCCGCAUGUUCAUGUGGUCAUGCCGUUGGAGCAGGUACAAGAGGCACACACCGCCAUCACCGGUGGCUCGGUCCGCGGCAAGAUUGUGCUUGAUCCGUGGCCCAAUGGCUACGACCGCUGACCGAGCACUGCGCGCUGCAUGCGAAUGUUCGACGACGGUGAGCGGCGAAUGACACGUCGGCGGCUGCGUGGAGAGCGGUGAGUGCUGGGUGUGGAUGGCGCGAUCCGGACAAGAGGACGGAGCGGCGACGGAGGGCCGUGGAGUUGGGGCGGGUGUUGUGGUGCUAGCACUGCUUCGUGCAGCGAAGGAUGGCUUCUUUCCGAGAUCGGCGGGAGAGCGGCCAACGGCGUCUGCGCCUCAGCGGCGUGAAUGAUGUCGUCGUUGGUCCGCUCAAAUCGCGAAGUCGCGGAGAUGUCGUUGAGAAACUUGUUGAGCCGCGAGCCUGCGAUCCUUGUCCGGACCAGCUCUACUCGAUGACGCCGCGAGGUGUUGGGCGAGACCGGGGUUCGCACCGAGGAGCGCAGUCUGAGUCGCCGCGGCGAGCGAUGGCCCGGAUGCGGAGAGACCGGGCGCGCUGGCGCCGGCGGGCGCUCAACUGGUGCUAGAACUCGUGGCUUUGCAGCGGCUGUGCGCCGAGCGAGCUCUGCGGCAUGUUUUGCAUUCUCGCGUGCAGUCCUGGCGCGCUUCGCGGCGGCUUGCUGGGCAAAGCGGCGCUCUGAUGCAGCGUGGCGUAUGCUCUUCCGGACCGAUCGCUGCAGCUCGACCAGCUCGCCCUGCCGUCGCUGCAUGCUCACGCCCGAUGCGUACGCCACAAAAUCCAUCCGCGAAACCAGAUGCUUAUGAUGAGCCGCUUCGUCCCGCUGCCGCCUGCGCAGCUCGUCGAUGGCCAUCAACUGCACCGGGAGCCGGUCAUUGCCGUCACCAUCACUUGCUGCGGCGUCGUAGUCGUCUUGCGACUGUGAAAGCGACAAAGUACGCGCCGAUAGCGAGUGGUCCGAGUCGGAUUCUGGCCUGGUGGCGGACUCGGACUCGGCGGCGGACUCGGACUCGGCGGCGGACUCGGACUCGGAGUCAGUGACAGGGUCGGCGUCGGCGCUAUGACCGGGGACGGGCUGGCGCGGGGAAGCAAGACCGCGGCGAAGAGGAGAAACUCUACGCGGAUUGUAUGCAGGCGGGCGGGGAGCGAGAGCAGGUGACGGGCGGGUGAGCAUCGAUAGCGGCUGCGAUGGCGGUGGGCGGGCAUGGGAGUGGGGGGGUGGCGGCGUCGGUGCCGCCAUUGCGGGGCAAGAGAGAGAGAGAGUGUGUGUGUGUGUGGGGGGGUGACGUGUACGAGAGUAUGUGUGUAUGUAUGUGUGUGGGGGUGGAGGUGUGGG